AUGGCGUCGUCGUCGUCGUCGCCGUCGGCGUCGGGGCCGAGCAGGUACGCGUCGGCGCUCCACAGACGGACGCACAGGGUGACCUCGGCGCUGGCGCACGCGGCGCUGGAGUGGACCCUCAUCGCGCUGCUGCUCAUCAACGGCCUCCUCACCCACGCCGUCGCGCGCUUCGCGGCCUACUUCGGCCUCAGCCCGCCCUGCCUCCUCUGCGUCCGCGUCGACCGGCUCUUCGGGGCGCCGGAGGAGGAGGACGGCGACGAGGGCGACGCGCGGUGGCUGCGCGGCGUGCUCUGCGGCGCCCACGCCGCGGAGAUCUCCGGGAUGGGGUACUGCCUCCGCCACCGCCGGCUCGUCGCCGAGGCCGCCGACAUGUGCGAGGGGUGCAUCUCUUCUUGGAAGAAAGAGAGCAGAAACCGUGCGGAGGAGACCACGGUGUGCUCUUGCUGCAGAAUUCUAGUGGAGAUCCCUUCUCGCGCGUUGCCCCCUGACGAUACACAUCCGAGGGAAGAUCCUGCUGCUGUACACGAGCAGACAGCCGGAGAGGAAGAAACAAAAGAUCAAGGCUAUGUUCUACUGGAUCAAGAAGACCACGAAGACGAAGAAGAGGAGCAAGCAGAGGCGGAGCAGCAAAACGAAGAGGAGAUUAAGGCGGCUCCUGCUGAGGAGCAAGUGAUCGCACGGGGCGAGGAGAGCAUGGCCAGGGACGAUCGGGUCAAGGCUAUGUUCUACUGGCUCAUGUGGAUGACGAUUGCUGCUGGGGAGGACGAGUCCGUGGCACAGGGCGAAGAGAUCGAGCACGAUCGGUUGGUGCCGGUGGUGGCACUUGAUGGGAUGACGGUCGCCGACGAUUCGGAUGCCGGCGAGGGGCAGGGCGAGAUGGAUCGUACAGACGAUGAGCGCGAUCCGGAUGAUCUUGACACCGCAGUGGUUCUGGAGGAGAAGAGGAUGCUCGCUUCUUCGGUUGCAACGGCGUCUGCCAUGAUCGACAAUUCUGCCGAGGAACUGGUUCUUCAAGAUGCCACUGUUGAAAUCGGAGAAUCUAUAACUGAAGAAGAAGAAGACAUCGCUGUGCCUCAUGCUACUGAAGCAGUUCCUGAAGAUGGCAACAAAUCAGCAGAGGUGGAGACUAACUGCGAGGUAUCAAUCGGAAGCGACAUAUGCGAGCAGGAGCAAGAUGGCCAUGGUGUUCCGUUUCAAGAACUGGUGGCGCUUGAGGAGCUGUUUUCUCCAUUGGAAUAUGCAGAUGAUCUGACAUUGCCGCCGGAAAGCUUCCAUGGAUCAGCGAGAGCUGAGCAAGAAUCAAGUGAAACCGAACAGAGAUUAGAUUACCUAUCAACUGACCAGAACGAGAACGACCAAGACAGGGCACCUGGGACACCCACAUACAGUUUCACUUCACAGAAUUCAGGCAAGAGGUUUUUGCUCGAAAGGAAGUUGUCACUGUCCUUAUCCAUGGAUGGAAGUGUGUCGAGCGAGAUCGAGUGCGGUGACCCUCCCACCAUUGAGCAGCUGAAAUCGACGCUCCAAACGGAGCGGAAGGCGCUCAGCGCAAUGUACGCGGAGCUCGAGGAAGAGAGAAAUGCAGCCGCCAUCGCGACCAACCAGACGAUGGCGAUGAUCAACAGGCUGCAGGAGGAGAAGGCCGCGAUGCAGAUGGAGGCGCUGCAGUACCAGAGGAUGAUGGAGGAGCAGUCUGAGUACGACCAGGAGGCGAUGCAGCUGCUGACGGAGCUGGUCACCAAGAGGGAGAGGGAGAAGCAGGAGUUGGAGAGGGAGCUGGAGCUGUGUAGGCAGAAGCUGCUGCACUAUGAGGACAAGGAGAGGAGGAGAAUGGCGACAUUCAAGGAGAAUGGUAAUGGCACCUCAGAGUCUUCGAGUGAUGAGGACAGCGACGAGCACUCCGAUGACGAAUGUGAGCUCGGCGAGUCUCCGAACGGCAGUGGCAAUCUUCACAGCUCGCCUGAUGCUGCUGUUAGCCCCAGGACGGGUCAAGAAAACACCAGUCAUCUCGUGGAGCUGGAUGAUUCCCUUACGUACUUCGAGAUGGAGAGGCUGUCCAUCCUGGACGAGCUCAAGACACUUGAGGAGAGGCUCUUCACACUGGAAGACGACGACACCAAUGUGGCUUUUGACCGUUCCUCAGACGAUUUCGUGCUGUCAACGGACGGUGUCCAUUCUCCGGAGAAUGGUCUCACUGGCAACAAGGCGAAGUUCGAAGGCAGAAGUUCUGUUUCUAGAGGAAAGAGCCUGCUGCCUCUCUUCGAUGCAGUUCGUGAAGAGAACUGCGAUCGUACAUCAGCUGCACAGGCUGAUGAUUCGACGAACCCGAUCGCCGUGUUUGUGAAAGAGAAAGAGAGGCUGGCGAUAAUAGAGGAGGUUGAUCAUGUGUAUGAGAGAUUGCAAGCACUAGAGGCAGACAAGGAGUUCCUCAGGCACUGCAUCAAGUCCCUCAAGACUGGAGAUAAGGGCAUGUAUCUUCUUCAGGAGAUCUUGCAACACCUCCGCGAACUCCGCAAUGUGGAACUUCAUGUUAAGAAUGCCGGUGGCGCCAUCGCAGGAAAUUCAGCAUAGCUGUUGCAUCCAUACAUUUUAUGUGAUUUAGUUGUUCGGCUAUGGAUAGUCGAUUCAGAUGGUCCAAGAUAUGGUCCCUUUGCAAGAUAAUGGCUUGUUUUAAGGGACGAUUUGCUCGUCUUGCCCGUGGGGGCCUGAAGCAAGUCUCCCCUGCCGUGCUGGUCCAGCAUUGCCGGCUUUAUGAUGUGGUUGGUGGUGGCAGGAAUCAUUGGCCCUUCCAAAGCUUAACCAAGUUGAAUCAUGGUGCCAGCUUCGGAGGCAUCCACAACACUUCGAAAGUAGACGUAGAGAAAAUCAGAAAGAGGGUAAAGUUUGUCUGAAUGAAGAUGUGGAGGACUUUUUUUUCUUUGUUUUCGCUUUUCGCUUUUCUUUAUUUUGGUUAGUUCUCAGAUUUUCUUGUGCAGAGGUGGAGAACGUUCAUGAUUUUUGUUAGUACUUUAUAUGAGGUUGUAGGUUUGUAGCUUGUACGGUUGGUACUUGCAGUUUGUCCUUUUUACAAAAAAAAAAAGGCAGACGGGGCUGCUUUUCAUUGCAAUUGCAAUGUAGAAGGAGCUGUUUGUUCCUCGCUUGGCACUUCGCAGUCAGUUUUGAUGAAGAAAGAAAGCUCGUUAUGAUGGAUC